CGCCUCCGCCUCCAAAGGCCGCUCUGGACCCACACCACGCGGGCAAUCUCUCGCACCACACAGCCUCAUCUCGAGCCGGCCACGUCACCUCGGGGAUCAGCGUCGUCCGUGCCCCACUUCCCUCCUCUCCACCACCACCCGCAACGCCCGAGCCAGCCAUGUCCUCCUCGCCAUUGCCCAUCCGUCCGCGCGCCGCCACGCAGCAGGAGCUGCUAGCCGCGCACAACCGCCGCCACGACGGCCUCGCGGCGACGCCGGGAGGCGCACAUCUUUACGGCACCACGCCCGGCGGCACGCGCAUCGUCUACUCGCGCGAGCAGCUCCUCGCCCUCGCCUCUUCUCCGCUCUCCGCCACGCCUCCACGCGGACUGGGCGCCUCUGGCAUCCCGUCUGAGAUCUCCCGCUCGCCUGGCUCGGGAGAUGCAGCAGCGUUCUCCUCCUCCUUCGGCGCAGCCGGCACCUCUCUGGGCCGCUCGCCUGAGAAGAGCAGUCUGCGCAACACUGCCGCUCUCAACCGCGCCAUGAACAUCGGCGCUGGCAGCAGCGCCGCUGGCUCUUCGCCGCCCGCUUCGCGCUCGCCUCUGGGCGCAACGCCGCGCUCGCCGGGCUCCGCAUUCAACUUCAGCGGGCCUGUCAGUCCGAGCUCGCGCCGCUACCCAUCUGCCGGCGGCUCGACGGCGCCAAGCGGCAUCUCCGCGCAGCGACCUACGGGCCCGACAUCGCCGACGGCUGCAAAGCCCAACAGCAGCAGCCCGCCGCGAGCACAGGCAGGCGGCGAGCAGUUCGCCAUGGACAUCUGAUGCUGUCGCCGCCAACACGCUCUCUGCAGCUCUGCCUUGCAGGUGCCUUCGCUUCGACGUGCGAGCUCUCAAUCUCGCUUUCCCUCCCGUCUCGUCUCUCCGCAUACAAUCUCUUCCUCCUCGGUCACGUCGCUGUCGCCCGCCGCUCUUCAACCCAAUGCCGUCGCGUAAUCUCCAUCUGUCCGCCCAGUCCACCUGAAUGCCGCCCGAACACCAUGUAACCCUCACCCGCCCUACCUCUCUCUACUCUCUCGUGCACCUGUGUACUACACGAGCAACCACUGCCAAUCAUCAUCUCUGCGUCAUCCGAG